CGUCGAAAACUUUGACAUUAUACUUUCUUAAACGCAAUCAUCCAAAUGGGAAUUUUGUCAUUUCACACUCCAAAAACCAGAAACAGGAUGGGAAACAGUAAAGAGUUGAAGUGAAGAUCAUUAAAUUACAUUUUGGUACUAGAUUGUCGGGAACCGAACAGAGACAAAAUGGAACCAGAUUUUCCAAAGCUCCGGUUAAUGGUGUUUUUGUUAAUCUUAGUGAAUGUCACCUCGGAUUAUGUUAGACCUCUCCCUCGUGAAGACCUGGAGUUCCCGUGGAACCCAAAGCCCUCUUCUGAACCUCAGCAGGUGCAUAUAUCUUUAGCAGGAGAUAAACACAUACGAGUUUCUUGGGUAACCAACGAUCACUCCUCUCCUUCAACAGUUAAAUACAGAACAUCCUCAGGGAGAUACACUUCCAUAGCGCAAGGAGAAAGCACCUCUUAUGGCUAUCUAUUAUAUAAAUCAGGGAAGAUACAUCAUACUGUCAUUGGACCAUUAGAGCCUAACACUGUUUACUUCUACCAGUGUGGAGGACAAGGUCCUGAGUUUCAGCUGAAGACUCCUCCAGCUCAAUUGCCAUUAACUUUUGCUGUGGUUGGGGAUUUGGGCCAAACUGGCUGGACAAAAUCAACUCUAGAACACAUUGACAAGUGCAAAUAUGAUGUGCACCUGCUCCCUGGCGACUUGUCAUAUGCUGACUAUAUGCAGCACCAGUGGGAUACAUUUGGUGAGCUGGUUGAGCCACUUGCAAGUGCAAGGCCGUGGAUGGUGACAGAAGGAAACCAUGAAAAGGAAUACAUACCGUUAUUAACUGAUCGGUUUGUGUCUUACAAUUCAAGGUGGAAGAUGCCAUUUGAGGAGAGUGGAUCACCUUCGAAUCUGUAUUACUCUUUUGAGGUUGCAGGGGUUCAUGUUAUCAUGCUCGGUUCAUAUACCGAUUAUGAUGAGUACUCCAACCAAUAUAACUGGUUGAAGGGUGAUCUAGCGAAGGUAGACCGGGAAAGGACACCAUGGCUUAUUGUUCUCUUCCAUGUGCCAUGGUACAACAGCAACAAAGCUCAUCAAGGUGAAGGGGACGAGAUGAUGGCAAUCAUGGAGCCUUUGCUUUAUGCUGCUAGCGCAGAUAUUGUACUUGCUGGUCAUGUACAUGCUUAUGAACGAUCGAAACGUUCUUAUGCUGGAAAGCCAGAUCCUUGUGGUGCUGUCCACAUAACCAUCGGAGAUGGAGGAAACAGAGAAGGUUUAGCUCAUAUGUACAAUAACCCACAGCCUGAGUGGUCUGUCUUCCGUGAAGCAAGCUUUGGUCAUGGUGAGCUCCAGAUAGUAAAUUCGACACAUGCUUUCUGGACCUGGCACCGGAAUGAAGAUGAUGAGCCGGUGAAGUCUGAUCAUGUCUGGAUAACCUCUUUAGUGAGCUCAGGAUGUGUUGCUGAGAAGAGGCAUGAACAGAGAAAAAUACUAAUGGCUCCUUAGGACCAUAAUGUCUUUGGUCCAAAAAUGUAUGAAUUUGGUGAACUUUCUUAUGAGGUUCUGAGUAUAUAUCUACCAUUUUAUAUAAAAUCCAGUAUAUGCUCCUUCAAGAACUCACAAUCUUCUAUUGUCCUUCCCCUUGAUAUCCUUUGUAUUUAUUUUGAGUUCCUCAAAAGCCUAUUAUAUAGGUUGCUGUUGUGGAGUGUGACUCACACUUUAAUAUUGUGAAAGGUGAAUGGGUAAAUUACAUUUAGAGUC